UAACCAAAGUGAUGGCUACCUUAGUUGCUUGUCUCUAACAACCUACUGUAGGUAUAUGUAAAAUUGACCAUGUUGUUCCUUACCUACAUUACGUACCUAGGCUCUUCUACUUAAGGUAUCCAUGGAUGUACAUAUAAGUACAUACUUAGCACUGAGUAGUACAUGCGUGACUUCCCCACCUUGCAAGGUUGUGCCUUAUGCCAACCAAGGCGAGUUUACUUAGUAAGGGCUCUACAACAACCAAAAGCGGCUUUCACAAAAUCUACUUUGCACUGCUUGCCAAUUAUAUUGCUGCCUUUUGGCCACCUUACAGACUCUCAAGAUGGCCCCCGUAGCUCCUUCAAAACGGCGCUCUCUACGAGCAAAGCUCGCAGCGAAAACGGGUGCAGAGCCCCAUGCGCCACGCAAAGCGCCACGACCUGACGCUGUCGCGCCAUCGUUCGACGGAUUCACGAGCUCGAAGAAAGACAAGCGCAUCAUAAAGCGCUCGGCGCUUAUCUCGCGAAUCGAGAAGACACACCGUAAGCCACUGAAGCGUCGACGCCCAGGCAAGAAGCUUGUUGCGAACCUCGAGUCCUUGGCCGACGCCCUGCCCGACUUGCUGGCUGAUGGCGAGACAUCGGAGGGGCUCCGGCAGCUCCGAGAGGGCAAGAUCAGACACAAGAGUCUGAAGAUGAGAAAGGGAGCACUGAAGAAGAAGGAGAAGAUUGUCAAGGGCGAGAUGGAUCGUUUCACCUAUAGUCUUGCGAGACUGAAUACCAUGGGUGCUGCCAAUGUGGACUCGAAUAUGCAGAUUGAAGGGCAGGCUGUAGCUGAGGUUAAGCAAGCGCCGUCUCAAUCGCAGGCACCUCCCUCGGGCUCCACUACGUCGACAGCAGGAAGGUGGGCUGCUUUGAGAGGCUUUAUUUCCUCGACUAUGGAGCAGAAUCCCGCCUUCGUUGGGAAGCAAGAUGGGCAAUGAGACUACAUGAAUUUGCCAGCGAUAAUAUUAUCUAUCAAGAAGGAGAAAACCGUCCCCCAAGGCGCAUAUUGUAGGGGCAAAAGGUUUGGG